CCAUUGGAGCCAUUGGAGCCAUUGGAGCCAUUGGAGCCAUUGGAGCCAUUGGAGCCAUAGGGUGCGUAUUCUCCUCUCUACGGACAAAUACGAUACGAAAAUACGGUGUUGCACAAGUCAAUGGAUCGAUGUCGAGCGACAAGAUUACGAUUGGCUAAUGCCCAGGAACCCCCUGACGCUAAUUACAACAUGAUGAUGUGGAGUUGAGCACGCAUCCAACAGGGUCCUUGAGCAGGGCUGCAGCAGAAGAGAGAUCUACCUUCUCGAAGACCGUUUCGGCGUUUUAUUACAACAGAAGCGGUACUUGUGUACCGAUGUACUAGGCGUGACAUUUUUGUAUUGUACAUCGGAUCGUCGUUGUCGGUCCCUCAGUCCCUCCACCAUCGCCAGUAGGUAGGUAGGUAGAUACAUAUAUAUAGAACUCCUUAACUCCUAACCUACCUAACCUACCACUAGGUAACUAAUUCUAAUCAAUUUAGCUAUGAAACCGCUUGACACGCUAGGUCUUCCUGGGUCCGGGGAAGAUUAUCUUGACGUAUGUAUGAAGUCGUACACCGUUACCAAAUGAUGAUGAGCGAAGUGAAGACGAAUGGGAGGUUUGUUCGCUGUGGAGAGGGAUGGAAGUGAUUGCAGGACCUGAUGAUCGCACUAAGAAUUUUGACGUAAUUCUUUGGCUCCUUAAUUUUUUUCUCUUCUUUUCAGCUUCGGCACUAUCUCCGCGACGCCAGACGCUCCUCUUUCUUCUUUUAGUAAUAACUAGUGGUAACGAGGCGAGUUGGCUUCCCCACCGGCGCCUAAAAUCCGCCGUCGAAACUUGGGGCAGACAGGGCAACGGACCAAGACGGUGAAGGACAGGGGGACUAGAAUAUUCUAAAGCAUUUCCGAAGUGGGAAUGUCCUUGCAACGGCGGUAUUUUUAAUAUAUUGUAUAUUGAGGAUAAUCCUGUAGUAGUAUCAAUGCAGAUAUCGCUAUCGUCAUCAUCAAACUUAUGAAGGAGUCCUACUGUGUUGUGUAGAGGCGGUGAGCCAUCGUGGGUUCUGGGAAUUUAGAUUAGACCAGCAAGCAAUUGGACCAGACGCUCUACCAAAAAUGUGAACUUCGGUCAGAAUGUGUCAAGAGAUAUGUACAUGUAUCGCGAUUAACUUGACCGCCUCGGUGUCGUUGGGCAAGGUCAUAUGAAGAGCACUGAAGCAACACACAGAGCACACAGAGCACACAGAGCACACAGAGCCGCGACUCGUCUUACGGUUGGGCGGAGGUUCAGCACCGCCAUACGAGACCGCAAGAUCUACAACUACGAGGGGUUGCGGCAUGGGGCCAUGCAAGGCCGGGCGUGUAAUGGUAUGUUGCGUCUGGUUUCUGGGCUUCUAAGCGCUUUUACUGGCUACGUAGCGUAGGCAACGUUUUAUUAUUAUCAGGAGAGGAUGGCAAUGAGAAGCCAUAUACAUACACCAGCAGGUUCGAAGAUGGUCUGCCAAGAGACGCACGCUCUCUGCUGACCGCGAGAUUAUCCAUCGGACACGAUCCGCGAAGUCUCCAGCGAAGGCCGCGGAGAAUUUUGUCAGAAGCAAAAAGGAGCGGGAGCAUGUAUGUACAUGUUCCUUCGAAACGCGAACAGCAAAGAACAGCAAAAAACCCCCCACGAUAUAUCUAGAUAUCUUGAUUUGAGUGGGUUUCUUCUUGGUUAGAGUUGGUAGCGGGCGCGCAUCAUCGUAUGUCUUGCAUCAUUGCCGCCCCCAAGGUUUUAAUUUACUGGCUUUAGGUUGACAUUCCGACUGCCGAAAAAGCAACCUUGAACGGUUUACUACUUUGCGUUUUGUUCUUUUAGGAAAAGUUGAAAAUCUUAAGAGAGCAAAAAGGUUGAUGGGGGGGGACCUUGUUGUGCAUAACCCCUGAUAUCCACGAUGUUACUUUUGGGGGUUUUUUUUCUUUCUUUCUUUUCUCGCUUUCUUUCUCCUCCCCCCUUACCCGUUUGUAAGUUACACAUAAUAGGUCGAAAUGAAGUCAUUUCCAGGCCAGGCUGGAGUGAAACAAAACAUUAACGUAACGUACCGGAUUCGAUCGCAAACAAAAAAGAACGAUGCCUAUCCAUGUGUUAAAUAACAGACAGCAUUAUAUACCUAAUGCAUUAUAGUAGGCCAAGAAAAGGAGACGAGGCAGUGGUAAAGAUUACCAGAUUGAGCUGAAGCGCUUAAGCAUUGGCGGAUAGGAUAGCCUUUUCGUAUGUAGCUAUGCACUUGAUUUUAUUUUCG